UUGGAUUAGUUGUCUUUGUUAAUUCAGGACAGAGACCUCGUAGGCUGUUUGACUGGAUAAGGACUCCAAAAGUGCGAAGUGACUAGAUGGGCGCCAUGGUGACGGACAGCUAGGGAACGGGAGAGUGGCCUUGUGAAUUGGAAUGCCUGCUCAAAUACUGAGACCAGAGAUAAUGGAUGAGGAUCAAUUAAUAAAAGAAGUCUUGGAUAAGUUUAUCAACUCUCAUGAGCAAACCUAUGAAGAAUUUCUGAGCACUUUUACUCAUCUAUCAAAAGACGGUAAUGUGGCCAAAGGGGGAGCACAUGGAACUGAUUCAUCAGAAAAUAUAUUUACUACUGAAAAAUGGAAUCAUAAAAUUGAAUCAAAUGGUCGACAUUUUAGAAAUACAACUAUCUUUCUUCACGCUUCAUCUGAAUCCUCAGAAGAGGAGCAGAUUGUGAUCGACGAAGGCCACAAAGUUGGCAGUUCCUUUCAAGGUGAUAUGACCCGGGCUGGAAAGGUGAAGGUAGACAACUUCCUAGACUUAGAAGAUGUGGACAUGGAGGAAGAGAGUAAGCUCCAGAUGAACAAGGAUUGGCUGUUGCUUCCAGGUGAGGUGGACCAGAGUAUGAGCACCAGUGCUCCUGCUUACGUUCCUUCUGUGGACCACCUGCCUCUCACCUCUGAGGUGAAGCCAGAGUCCGCUCUGGGAAGAACUCAGAAGCAAACCGAAGAGAUACUUGGAGAUGAAGUUCAGCCCUUCUUUCUCGAUGAAGAAUUUGAUUAUGACAAUGUGACUCUCACUCCCAAGUUUACUGCUAGAGAGAUAGCAACCAUCCAAGAGCUGUCCAAGCAAAAGAGAAUGGAUUCCAGUACAGAUGUGUGUGAACUUCGUUACUGAGUCAUCAGAUGUCUCUGUGUUUAGUUUUAUUUUGUUCAUACUGAAGCAACUUUAGAAUAAAGCAUAUGCCAACUGAUUCCCUCUGUGGAAA